AUGCCAUAUUGGCAUGCAUAUUGCUCUCCCACUGUUGUGGCGCGCAAUGCCACACCUGUCGCCUACCCAGGCUCACCGCUGCAUCUUGCUGUGGAAUUUUGCGCCAAUCCGCCAGCGCAUGCGGCCCGCUGGCUGCACGGUGAUCGCGUCUACACGCCCGGCAAUCAAUAUGGCAGCACUGUUUUGGCCUACGGCGUAACGGAUUUGCCCACACCCUACUGCAAGGAGGCGCGUCUCACCUACGUCAGCAUGCAUGAGCGUGUGCCGCGUACUUUCUACUUCAUUGUUUCUUCGCCAGGUGGCGUUGCCGAGGCGAUCUUCAGAGUGAAUUUCACUAUGCGCUAUCGCGCCGUCACCAAUGCGGUAGACGACGAGGAGGAGGAGUUAAGCGAGCCGGAGGAGAUCCACUUUCCGGUAUUUGGUGCGGGUGCGACGGCGCGUAGUGCGCGGCGGGAGAGUAGAGUGGGUGCGACGGCAGCGUGUGUGCUCACGACACUAACGCUGCUCUGGAAUGAAGCGCGCAUGCGCAGUAGGCGCGGUUGGAGUUAGGUGGGCGUUUGACGUGUAUGUUUUUGAUUUUUUUAAAGGGAAUUUCUUACUUUUUUUCUUUUGUUUUGUUAUAAACUAACGCAACUCUAAACUUAGCUUGUAAUUGUCAACUGAAUGUCAAAAGCAAAAAGUAUUAGCAAAUACUAAAAAAAAUAAAAUUACUACUAACUACUAAACUACUAUGUAUAACUAUAUGCUAAUAUAUAUCCUAAACCUUACUAAGUAUCUAGGAGUAUACUUCACAAAAAAAAAUGAGAAAAAAAUUUUGAAAAUUUUCGAAAGUGAAUAUGUGUGCUAUCCUAUCCUAAUCUAUAUUGUAUACAUACCCCAAUUACAUACAUAUAUGUAUGUGCAUACGUGCAUGCAUAGCAAUCUAAGUACAUACAUAAGUACUUGUAAAAACAAAGACGUUAUUGUAGCAUUGAACUAUGUAUCUAUGAACACAACUUAACCCCCCGCUAGCCAAGUGUAACACUACUUACUAACUAGUUAAGUAACUACUUUGAUAAUUAGUUUUCUAAGAUUGCGAUUGUUUUAGGUUUACUAGCUACAUACAUAACUACACAAACAUCAACUAUCAAUCUACCUAUUAAGCAUUUCAAUGUUAAGCGUGUAGUCUUCUGGUCAGUGAUUUAGCGUCACUAGCUACCUAGCUCCUAAAAAUAAGCUAAAGCGAUUUUUUGCAACAUUAAUUAAACGUUAUAAAAUAACGCUUCGCCUACUUUUUUUAUAAGUUUUAAGUCACGCUUCGCCAG